GUAGUGGAAAUGAUACUUUAAUAGUUUCAGAUGAGUUUUCUGUUUUACCAACAGAAAAGGAUAGCAAUGGUAAUGAUAUAUCAUUAUUUAUUCUUGGUACUAGAUGGCAACAUCGGGCUGGCUGGGAACCUAUAGUAAAGGGUAAGUUUACCGCAUCAGCUAAUGGAAAAAAUAUUACUAUUCCACUUUCAGUUUAUAAUGAGAGUGAAACUUUAAACAAGAAUUGCAAAAAGGUAGAUAAACAGAUUAGUCUAACAAGUAAUCGGGUUAGUCCAACAAGUAAUCAGGUUAGUCCAACAAGUAAUCGGGUUAGUCCAACAAGUGAUCAG